AUGACGACUCCAGCGGUCACUGAGAGCCGCAACGUCGUCAACAACGUGCUUGGAGGGGUCGAGGAGUACCGAAACUUGACCCAUCAAAACGUAACUCGUUCCUACUACGUCUACACUCCUAACACAACAACAAGCACAAUUCUGUUCAACAUUCACGGCUUGGGUGACUCUUGCCAUAAUUUCCGUCAGGCUAGCGGCCUGGUGUACUUGGCCGAUGAGAACGGCUUGGUAGUGGUGACACCAUGUGGGCUGCCCAACCGCUACUACUUCAACUCCUUCAACGCUGGAAUUUGCUGUCAGACCAACAAGCAGGUGGACGACUUUGGAUUGAUGAAAGCAAUCCUCUCCGAAGUCAACCCUUCGAACGCUUUGCCUGUUUACUCUGCAGGAUUCAGCAACGGUGGUAUGAUGUCUGAGGGUCUCCUGUGCCUCAACAUAGUCACCAGGGCGGUUUCCGUGAGUGGCGUCGAAGUUCUCGAGCCUGGUUCGGCUGAGGGCAUCAAAACUUGCACUUCGAACUUCACAGAACAGGAAGCGAGAAUGUCCAAUGUACACGGCACGGCUGAUUUCCUCGUCCCUUAUGGUGGCAAUCGUCUGCUUGGAUACCCUCCCAUUGAGGACGACAUGAAGGCGUGGUCAUCUAGGCUCGGGUGCAGCAUUAACUACACUAAAGUGAGGACUGACGAGGAAUAUGAUUUCUUGGAGUACACUGGUUGUCAACAUGCGGGCUCCAGAGUUCUACUCGUUCGCCACAAUGGCGGCGGUCACAAGUGGCACGGAUCUGGCCACUUUGACACCCCCCAAUUCGUGGUCAACUUUCUGUUGGGGAGAACUGAAACAGCAUCGCAGGAUACCGAAGACGAGCUUGAAUAUGUCGUUGAGCGCUCUGGUGGCAUAGCGGCCCCGGCCGACAGAAUUGAUCUUACUAACAGCGAAAUUGAUGGUACCAAGGCAUAUCUUGGGGUCAAGGAAAAGCGGCCUAAAGUCGUAGGCUUCUACUUGGCCGCUGAUCGUGAAAAUACAUUCGCCAUGAAGCUCUACAACAGUAUUGGCUUCGAAGGGCUAACGGGUAAAUCUGCCUUCUUCCGUUACAUUUACCCGACUGCCGACCAAUAA